AUGUCAUUGAUGCUGGGAUACAAUGCUCUCGACGACACCAGUCCACGCUGGGGCGCCCCUCCUACUCCCUCUACAGACGAGCUUAUAAGAGAUGCUAUCAGGAAGGAGCAGCUCGUCAAAGAACUCGUCGCAUCCCAGGAUGAUCUUCGAGCCCUGCUCACAAAAGUGAAGAGUGUCCAGAGAGACGUUGACAAGCUCGCGUCGGAAAACGAGACUCUGCAGAUGUACAUUGAUAAUCUCACAAUGCAGAUGGCAAAGCGGCGCUGA